UCCUCCCUUCUUCCAUCCACUACUUACCUGCACUUUUCAAUUCCACCAAACACUCAUACCCAUUCGAUAUGGAGAACUUCAUCAGCUUGGCCAAGGAAGGAUACGAGAAAUACCAGGAAUCUCAAGGGGGGGGAAACUCGGGCUCUCAGCAGUACGGUAAGACCGGUGGCGCCGAGUACAACACUCCCAGCAACUCGAACGGGAGGAAUGAAGGAUCUGGAGAAGUUGGCUUCAACCACGAGGAGGUCAUUCAGACUGCUCAGCAGCAUGGAUCCGGAGAUAGCUCUCUUUUCUCCAGUGCGAUGAGCUUCGUUAACGGUAACAAGCAAGAGCACACUCAACCGGUCGAUGAGGAGGCAGCACAGAGUGCCCACAGGCAGGCUUACCAUGAAGGUUCGGCCAGCAACCUCAAUGCUUCCUCCAUGGGAAGCGCCGCUGCGCUCCAGGUUCUCAAGCAGUUCACCGGUGGCUCGGGCUCGGGCGGCGGUUCUCAGAGCCAACUGAUCAGCAUGGCGAUGGCGGAGGCCAGCAAGUUGUUCGACAGCUCUUCGGGCGGCAGCGGUGGUAACAAGCAGGAGGCCGUCAACGGUGCUGCGAUGACCGUUAUGAAGUUGCUUGUGCAGAGUAAGUUCAGCGGUGCGACUGGAGGGAGCAACAGCGGCGGGUUGAGCUCGAUGAUGAGCUUGGCUUCCAAGUUUAUGUAAUCAGUUGACGGAAAGAGAUCGCAGGGAAGAACAGACAAUGUAAUACGAUGAUCUGUACCACCAAUUUGGGCGUGUUGUCGGAUAUGUGUGCGGUCUUCGGUAGUGCUUGCUCGACAAUGGACUUGAUAUCGCACCUCGGCUUUAUUUGACGCUUGCAGCUUGAGGAUCUGAAGCUUGAUCUUGAAGUGGACGAAUUGAGGGUAGCGCUCGAGGGGUUGGGAUGGUGAUGAUGUCUGCGAUGAUGCGAGACGAAUGCUGAAAUGCGAUGAGGGAUGCGUACAGACGAUACAGAUGCUAGGAGCCAUGAUGGGGUGCUGGUACAAAUGCGGGAUGAUGCAGAACGAUGCGGGAAGCAACGAGACAAAAAAAGCAGCAGGAACGGAUCAGGCGACGGAAGAACAUAAUAAUGAUAGGAA